UCCGAGACAAACGGUGAAUAAGUCUGUGUUUACAUGUAGUCGAGCUAGUUUUAGCUUCUUCUGAGCGGUACGUUUCACUAAAUUCAGCUGUAGUUAAAUUUAAUAUAGGUAUUUACUCUGAUAAGAGCUCUUCCUUUCAUCCCUGCCAAACAACGCAUGAAACACUAAAGCCAGGCUCUGUUUGUUGGUCGAAGCUGCUUUAUCCCGUCAACGUUAGCCAAACCACGGAUGUGGCGGUAUUUCUUUUCAAAAUCGACGAAUUUAAAGUUUGUCUGCUUAUCACUCGAGUACAGUCCCUUAUAAAAAUUAACUUAAGACAUGUUAGUAAUUACCACUAGCCAGUUGUAUAUUCGGCUUACAUACUAAGCACCAGUCUCUUCUUUUUUAAUAUACGUUUGUGUUUUAAGACAUUUUGGUGAUUUUGGCAGCGGAUCAAAGACGAUAUCUGCCUACAUUAUAUUUUUCAACGUAGUUCAAGUUGUUAACGACACGAAAUCUUAAUUAAGUUACUGUUACGCUUCUAUUAGUGCAGGUCAGUGUUGGUGCAGAGAAGAACUGGUCUUCAACAUGGUCAAACAGCAGCGGAGAACAGACAGGUGUUUUGUACCUGCUGCAGGGAACAGUGUGACGUGGGUUCGUUUUCCUGUUGGCCCCGUUCAAAGGAGACACAUUCAGCAGGUAGACAGAAACAAUCCCCACAGCCCCAUCACCACAGAAGAAGAGAGGGGAGACCCAGGACCUGACGAAGUUUCAGGAGAGACAAAAAGGGCGAGACUGGACCGAACUGAAGACGCUGCAGCUCUGACCAAUAGAGAGAAAGUCCCAGGGUCAUGUGGUCAUCCAGGAAGUGAGAGCUGCCCCACAGCAGAAGGCGUUUCAUCCAGACUGCCUCCUCCAGACCAGCUGGCGUCAGCAGAGCCCAGUGAGGACAGCAGAGCAGCUGAGCUGCAGAGUGUAAGUUCACUAAAGGUCACCAUCCAGCAGAGCAGUGAGAGCAGAGAGUUUGGACAGACAGACAGGACAGCUGACAAACAGACAGGUGGACUCCACUGUCACGUCUGUGACCUUACCUGUCGCUCCGUGCAGGUGUUUGAGGAACACAUGGCAGGAUCAGAACACCUGAGGAAACUGAAGGAGAUGACACACUCUAUCUGCCUUAACACACACACACUGCAGAACAGGGGGUGUUGGCCCGAACCGCAGCGUUGGUGUGACACCUGUCAGACUCAUUUCAGCGGUGAUAUCAUCGUCCAUCGACGAACAAAACAACACAAGAUGUGUAAGCAGAUGUGUCGUCCCUUCUGUCGGGUGUGUAAACGUCACUUCAGGACUCCCAGGAAAUUUGUGGAGCACAUGAAGUCUGCAGAGCACAAGGAGCAGGUGCACCUGGAGGAGGCUCAGGAGGAAGAGCUGAUCACUGUGGAUGCUGUCGGCUGCUUCGAGGGAGAGGAGGAUGAUGAAGAAAAGGAAGUAGAAGAAGUAGAAGUAGCUGAAGAAGAAGAGAGUGUAGGAAAGGAAGAAGCAGAGAAGGAAGUGUUGGAGUUACAACCAAACGUUCAGGCAGCUGACAGACAGAAAACAGAGAAGGGGGAAUAUGACCCACACACCACAUAUGGAAGUAGUUUUGUGCUUCCUGUUUCUGGCUUCCUGUGUCAAUUGUGUAAUAAGUUCUUCUAUAGAGAGACAACAGCACGACACACACACUGCAGGACGCACACGCACUACCUCAACUUGCAGAGCCACAGAGCUAAGAGAACAAAUGAAGAUCAGGACAGAUCUGCUCUCACCUGACCUACUCUCACUGUAUCCCACAAUGCAUCUCUGUAUCCCACGAUGAAUCUCUGUAUCCAGGUGAUACUUCUGUAAAGACACAGAACAGGCAUGUUCUUCCAACAUAAUUUAAACAUCAAACAGGUACAGAUAUGGUCAACUUACAA